CGUUUCGAUUGUUCUUGUCCUCCCAGGUUCCAGCGUCGACGGUAGUAGGUGCGCGUCUCCUGCGCAUGCUCUUGGUUUUUAGAUACCCAGAGGAAGAUUCGGAAUCAUAGACGGUGCAUAACUCAGUCUACACUGACAUUCAGCGCCGAUUUGUUCACAGGACAACAUAAAUUUCUGCGUAAUGGAUUCGCAUUCGCGUCAACCGCCGCCUAGGCUGAGCAUACCCCCAAUGCUCACAAUGCAGCAGCCUUUUGAUGGCAGGCAACCCAUGUUUUCACCUGCUCUUCCUACCGCUCUCCAACAUAGUUUUCAUCCUCCACCUUAUCUUAUGAAUGGUCCUCCGCUUCAAACACCUAUGCAAUCUUUUUUUCCUCAUCAACCGCCUCCUGCUCCCGCUCGUCCAUCCUACGCGCAGCACAGAGGUCACGCAAGCAUGGCUCAUUUUCCUGGUUACCCACCACCGAACGCCAUUCCCAUGACUCCUUUGGGUUCUGCUUUUCCGCCUCACAUGGUGCCGCAGUUUGGUCAACCUUUCAUUCCUCGGAAUAGAAGAGCUCCAAGCGUUAGCAUAGGUGGUCCACCCAAAGCACCUCUUGGAGGACCAGGACGCAAGCAUAGCCCCUUGCCUCCUCCGCAGGCUGCACCCACUCCAGUCCCAAAGGGCAAGAAGGUAGUUGUAAAUAUACCGGUGGAAACAAUCCCGGGUGACGCUGAAGAACCGUCAACGCGUCCACCGUGGGCACGAACUCCGGUAGCUGCAGUCAAUCUGGAAGAGCCUGAAGUUAUCGCGCCUGAAGUAGAUUCAGCUGAGCUCUAUCCACCGGAUUCAUGGCGGCGAGAUAUCCCUGAUACAGUGGAUGUAUUUCUUCCUGGAAAGGUUGCUUGGGAUGAUAUAAAGCAGCGAGUCAUCGAAGAGAAGCUUGAGAGGUUGGGCGUAGAGAGAGGGUCAGGAGGUGCCCUUCCAAUUCACGCCCCUCAUGCCCGUGCAGCAUCAAUUUCGUCUCCUGCUGAUCCGUCUCUACUGCACUUCAAGUUGAAUAAAUUGCAGCAGUCUCAGACCGCAUCCUCAUUAAAUUCUCUGUCAAAUUCGCCUCAACCACCAUUCAAUUUGUCUCCGUCUCCGCAUCAAUUUGCUCCUCGAUUCCAAAAUAGGCAUGGUCACAGCCUGUCCCUUGCACACCCUCCUCCACUCCACGAACAUUUCUACAUUCCAACCGCAGCGUUCAAUCCUUUUGGCCCAAGCGCAGUCCUCGGCUCCGACAGCAUUGAAACAGACAUCCCUAUCCAGCCAAUCCAUGCUCCUAUCGAAGGUAUUCAUGCUCCACAAGGCCGUGUCCCUGUUUCUGUCCCGUCUCUUAUUCCUCCCGGCAUCUCUCGUGGAAGCAGUCGUCCUGAUUUCACACGUGGGUUUGGCAUCGACAUCCCAGAGGAGGAAGAGCCUCAGGAGGAUGAAGUACCCGUUGGCAUGGAUGACAAUGCCGCAAUUGAAGUCGAAGGACUUGACGAUCUAGAUGUAGGGAGAGAUGCGACGACAGUUGCACUGAGCAGGUUGCAUUCAAGGCAUGUGUCACGGCUGUCGGCUGCAUUAUCAUUGCGAUCGGUCGGUGGGGUCACUGAGGGCGCCAUGUCAGAGGUUAAUAUGGUACCCAUCCGGAGUCCGGCUGGCAACCCACGCAUUGAUGACCUCGACGAAGAGGCGGUUGGAGAGUGGACCGGAUCGGAGGACAUGCAUCCAGAUAGGGAACAAUCAGAUGACGAAGAGAGCAUUGGCGAGUGGUCUAACCCCUCAGACGAAGAGCGUGCUCGUCAAAGUCGGGUGCAACGCCGUAUGCUACGUCAAAUGAAACAGGAAGCUGAGAAACCAAGACGUCUACCCAAUUUUCCCGUUCCCCCGGGUGGUGGCCUCGGCGUGUCUUUACGCGGUGACUAUGACAUUGUCUCGAAUCCAAGCGAGGAGGAUCACCAAGGAGAACUGCAUAAUCCAUUCCUCGGCGUGGAUCUGGCAGAUUUCCCUGUUAGGCCGUUGUCGGCGUCUACAACUGGAAGGCGACCUCUACCUCCUCUCCCCCACUCUCGUGGUGCAUCGGGACAAUAUUCGGUGCAUGACCCCGCCCUCGCCCACUCGCGCAAUACCUCAGAACAGGUUCACGUCAACAUUGAAGGGCCAGCCCACUUCCCCCAGUCAUCUUCGUCUGGAGCGCUGAAUCCGCACGCGAAGCCUUUCGUGUUUGGUGCAGCCCGGCAGUCUGGUUCAUGGUCCCUCGAGGCCGCACCGACGCAGGUUCCCUCCUUUGGCCAUGCACGCCUUCCAUCCCUCGGAAAGCCACUCAAUGCGGCUGCACAAGAGUUCAAGCCAACAGGGUUCACCUUCCGUCCACCGCCUGGGGUGCCUCGCAUGUCCUUCCCCUCAUCCGAGCCUUCGCGACCAUUGCCAGUCCCACCCGUCAAACCAUCACCCGCACGUGCUCAACAAGGACGAGAGAAAAGGCAGCGCCGCGGGUCCCGCUCAUCCAUUGAUGAUGACGACGACGACGACGACGACGACGACAGCGGCAAGGAGAACAUGGCCUCGUUUAGAUUCCCUGCAUUGGGCGAGACUCCGCGCAGCCUUCGUCGUUCUGCCCCUACGUCGCCAUGGGCGUUGGGAUCAAGGGAUUUCAAUACAAGUGCUGGGCCUCUGCAACCUCUCACGUUUUCUGGGUUCUCCACGCUCGCCUUGCCUGAUGAAGAUGCAACGCAGGAAAUUGAAAUACCUGGACACAGACAGAUGGCCGGCGACGAGUUUGGCUCACCCCAGAACGAUGAAGACUUCAUUGGCAUUGCAAGCACAUUCCCGUCAAUUGCGCCUACCAGGCCGAAACGCGCGCCUAUCCCGUUAGAUUUCAAGAUUCCUACCCCCAGCAACACAUUACCUGCUGGCGUUUUUAAAGCUCUGGUGGGUGAUGAGAAAACUCGCCGUACUAUUUUCGAGCACUCGCAACGGCCGUCCCUCGAUGACAUCGCAGCGCCCGCCAUCUCGAUGUUGCAGCAGCGUUCACAGUCGCGGCUUGUCACUGAUCCCGGACUUCAACGACAACCGUUCCAGUCUCCUGACAUCUUCACGCCCGCUAUUAAGCGUCGCUCCGCUCACAACUCAGAGCUUUCAAAUUUCUCUAUCCCUGCCCUCAACCUCACUAAGCGUCUCGAGACGCAAGCUUUAGAGGACAAGAUUGAAGCAUCAUUAGCCGAAAAAUUCCAAGCACUCCGCGCUGAGAUCGCCAAGGCCAGACCGUCGGCAGGUGGAUCGUCCAUAAGCCCUGCCACAGAAGACAUGAUCACGGAGGUUCUCCAGGAGUCUGCUGCCCGUGGCCUCGACGACAGUCAGAUGGAUGCCCGUGGUGAACUGGACCUUGAGCUCAUUCGCGACAUGAUGCAGCAAGGUCAUGCACAGGGUCUGCUCAUGAUCCAGACCGAGUUGCGCGAGCUCGUGAGUCGCCUCGAGAAAGUUCAACCUACGGGAUCAACCACGGAUCUUGCCCCCGCUCUGGAACAAAUGAACAAGAGGAACAUGCAGAUCAUCCUUAACACCAUCAGCCAGCUGUCGUCACAAAUCGACCAACACUCUCGUCCUUUCGGAGACGAGUGUGACCGACUUUCCUUGGUUACCGAUAUCAUGACUGCUCUGACACCUACCUUUACGGCUCUGCGACCUGAUCCUGUCGACUACAAUCUUCUCACCGCUCAACUUAGCCAAGCUGUCAAGCCAAACAUCGAACAGUUGAUUGAUCUCGCAGCUGACAAACGGGAGACUGCCGGGCUGAUCGUGGAUAGCAUCAUUCCUCUGCUGCCCAAAGUGUCGCUGGAUACCAACGCGGUGAUUGCCCAAAUUACUUCAGAAAUUCGCCGUGUCAUCGCCCCCAUCGACGCGCAUGAAAUCAAGGAGCAACGUCUGGACUCGCGUCUUGCUGUUCGUGACAAGGCGUUCAACGUCGAGGUCGUUUCAGGCAAAGUCGCAGAGAGUCUGGAUGCGCUGGGUGAGGCUCAGCAGCUCGUGGCCAGAAAGAGCGACGAAAUUGUUUCGAAACACGCCGAUCUCCACGCUGUUGUCGCCAGCUUCCCUGCUCAGCUCGAUAAUCUCAAGUGCGCUAUGCAGUUGAAUAGUCAAGAGCUGCAAGUUCAAGCGUCGUUGCAGAGUGAUGAACAAGUUCUAUCGGCUAUCCACCAAUUGGAGGUUGCUAUCAACUCCCUUGCUAGUACUCAUCUAUCCUCCUCCACCCAAAACGAGGAGCUUCUCUCGGCGCACAAGUCCCUCCGCGAGGAUCUUUCUGAACGCAUGAAUGCACUCCCUGAGGCAUUACAUGUAGCCGUCAGCGUUCUUCAAACCGCUCAUGCUGAGUUCGCAGUCUCUAGGGACGCUUCAAAGAGAGACCAGGAAGAGAUUCGCAAACUGAAGGCAGCAAACACUGAACACCAGAUACAAGUGGCGAAGGCCCGCGGAGCCCACGGUCAAGUUCGGGUGGAGAAGGACAACCUUGCUGAACGCCUCAAGGAUGUCGAGUCUGAGAGAGAUAGGCUCCGUGCUCAGGUCGAAGAACUCCAGGGUACUAUCGGAACCCAGAGCAUAGAUGUUGCUGCUGUAGAGUCGCGGAACUGUGAACUAGAGGAAGCGCUUUCUCAGAGCCUUGCACGCCUCAAAGUUUCGGAUGUUGCAACACAAACCAAUCAGGAACGCAUUAGCGAGCUAGAGAAGUUGAACAAGGAGGCAUUGGCCGAGCAAGUCAACCUCAAUUCUAAGGUCGGGGAAUUGGACGCAUCAGUGAAGCUCAUAACGCAUGAGAAGGACUUAGCUGUGCAUUCUCUUGAUCUCCUCCAGAAAGAGCAUGAGCACCUGCUUUCACAGCAGGGUCACUGGGAUGACCUCCACCGCGCGGCUGAGCAAAUUGACAUGCUCACUACCCUUAUGAGUCAGGCUGAUAAUGAAGAACUCAAGGAACUCCGACGGGCUCGUGAACAGAGUCGUAAUCUCGAACACGAGCACGCAGCGCUUCAAAAGCGUUUCAGGGAACAGGAACACAAAUUUUCCAACGCUGAACGCACCGCAAAUGCUGCCAGACAGAACUUGACUCAAGCCCAACAACGUGCCUCUGAGUGGGAGAAACGGGCGAAAGAGUAUGAGGGUGACUUGGAGAUGACACGUACCAGGCUCGAUCAGGAGGAGCAAACUCAUGCUCAGCUUGAUGCGGAUUAUUCUUUGGCAAAACUUCAACUGGAAGAAAAGGAAGCAGAGGACCGCUUGGUUAAGGAUCGCGACCAAAAGUUACGCGACCAAGUUGCGAGCCUUGAGGCCCAAGUUGCUCGGCUUCAGACAGACCUUUCCAAGGCCAAGGCCAAGGCAACCCCAGCCCCACCUAUCGCGUCCUCAUACACCAAAUUUUCCAGCGAGCAUACAGAGUCUCCCCCUCGUCCGGAUUCGCGCUCAAGUACCGUGUUUUCUGGGGACAGAUCAAGAACACCAGUUGCACAGAUGAAUGGCUCUCAUAUACUUCGUAGCGAUACUCCUCCCCAAUCAUCUCCAUCCGUUCGGGAUUCGAUGCACGCACCACGGAAAUAUGCUCAUCUUGGCUCUGGAAUCCCUGCCACUCCUCAGCCCAGACGACCCAUCGGAUCAUAUCGACCUCAAUCUGUAGUCUCGUACGCUUCUCAAUACGCCCCGCAGUCAGUCGCGUCCCCGACGCCAAGUACCAUGAGUAUCAUGAGCACAGUCUCAGUGGACAAAGACGGCUGGUACUCGUGAUAUAUCUGCAUUUGCUCGUUUCAGUCUCAUCAUGAUAUCCUGAUCUAAUCGAUGUCCUUGCAUUCUUUCCGGCCUCUGUUUUGGUCGCAUCUCUUUCUAUAUCCAUUCAUUUUACAUUGGUACUCUCAUUGGAUCCAUCGUCGUAUAUAUACCCUUCAAUUUU